CUUUGACCUCCUCUAUUUUUCUUUCUUCUUUACAUAUUUGAUCUUUCCUUUCAUUUCGAAUAGAAUAACAUGGAUGUUCAUCUCAACUAGUCAUACUUCUUUAUAGUAUUCGCAAUUUCCAUUGAUGUUAUCCAUAAUAUCAGAACUUUCACUACUCCCAAAUAAAUGAUUAAUAUCCAUGUUCAUGAAAUUUUAGUUUUUACCAAUGUAUAAAUCUAUAAUGAGACAUUAUAAUUCAUGUUUGCUACACUUUAUCGACUGAUCAAUAAUUUUUGUUUCCCAGUAUUCAUGCCCACGUGUGCCAAAAUUAGUGUGUUGCGCUUGUAUAUAUUCCUCUCUGCCCCAUUUAUUUUACGCAAUAUUCCCUUUUUUUGUGCCCCGAAAAAGAAUAUUUUUCUCUUAGAAAACUAUUCUUAAUAUUCUCAUUUUACCUUAGGGGCAAAGUUAUGUACUGGCCCAAGGGUGGUCAACUGAAUAUCCUUCACCGAAAAUUUUUAUUAUGUAUAAGAUAAAAUGUUAGUUGUUAUUGAUUAAAAAAUAGACUUUGAACACCCUUAAUUUGAACACCCUUAUUGAAUUUCUUGGCUUCGCUGCUGUUUUACCCCUAGUAACACGAUACAUUAGGACUCACAUGUUAUAAAAGUUCAUUCUUGUAUAAAAAAAAUCACCACACAACUAAAAGAAUAAUAUUGGUAGUUGAAUAUAUAUGACUUACAUAUCAAAUAAGUAUAUAUCUUUUUAAAUAUCGUAAAUUUGUGCUGUCAAAAGCCUUGGCAUAAAAUGAAAUAGAGAAAAAUUAUGUUUGUUCAAAUGCCUGUUAAUCCACCAAAGCAACAAACCUUUGGUCACUGUAAUUACUACCCGCUGCUCCUACCGCCCGCUCUGUAAUCACUUUCAUUGUUAGGCAUUUUCUAUUGUACAAGCAUUUACUCCUACCUCAUUUUUCACUAGCUAGUUGAUGGACCAACAUUAUUGUUUUUGCUAUAAAUUCCAUUUCCAUUAUCACCACAUGCCCCCCGUCCUUGUUCCACGAGAUAGCAAACCAAAAUGUCAAAGCAGCUCCUACUCUUCUUCCUCACUAUUCCCUUCAUCUUUUUUUCUUUAGCUCUACCAAUUAUCGGCCAAAGUAUUCCUCCAUCACAAUCACCUUCCAUCGCAUGCAAAUCCUCACUUUACCCAAAACUCUGUCGAUCCCUUCUCUCUGCAUUUCAGCAUUCUCCUUCUAACCCAAAUGACUACAGCAAGUUCUCUGUGAAGCAAUGCCAGAAAAAUGCCGGCAAAUUGUCCAACUUAAUCGCACAUUUUCUUACAACCCAGAAAGGGAGAGCACUAUUUGUUAACACCAAAGAGAUUAGUGCUUUAAAUGACUGUCACCAGCUCUCUGAGCUCACAGUCGAUUACUUAGAGUCCAUCUCCGACGAGCUGAAAGCGGCUGACGGAGCCACAACUUCCGACGCUUUAGUUGGAAAAAUUCAGACAUUGUUGAGUGCGGUGGUGACGAAUCAGCAGACGUGUUAUGAAGGACUGAAAGAAGCAGGCAGUAGCAUGGUGGCGGAAUUGUUGGCGCCGCUGAGCAACGCGGCGGAAAUCUACAGCGUGUCCCUUGGGCUGGUGGCGCAUGCAUUGGGACGCGUAAGGAAACCCAGAAAAACUGGCGGAUUGUUGGCUGAGCACAGAGGAUUGAUGGAGGAAGAGUACUGGGCACGAGAUUCAAGAUUGAUGGCUUCCAAGGUUAACCAAGCAUCGGAGAGGUCUCAUCAAAGGGGUGGAAGGAUUCUUGACGAGUUGGUAGAAAAUGGUGUUCACAUUAAUCAAACAGUAACAGUUAGUCCUUAUGGUGGCUGCAACUUUACAUCAAUAGGUGAAGCCAUUGCAUUUGCGCCUAAUAACUCGAUGAUUGAAGAUGGCUACUUUCUCAUCUACGCGAAGCAAGGAUACUAUGAGGAGUAUGUUGUCGUGCCAAAGAACAAGAAGAAUAUUAUGUUGAUUGGAGAAGGAGUUGAUCUCACUGUGGUUGCUGGUAAUCGAAGUGUCAUAGACGGCUGGACAACCUAUAAUUCAGCAACCUUUGCCGUUUCAGGGGAGCGAUUUGUAGCCAUAAACAUAACCUUCAAGAACCUAGCUGGUCCUUGGAAGCACCAAGCUGUAGCUCUAAGGAACAAUGCGGACCUUUCCACAUUCUAUAGAUGUCGUUUUGAGGGCUAUCAAGAUACUUUGUACACGCACUCUUUAAGACAAUUCUACAGAGAAUGUGAUAUCUAUGGUACAGUGGACUUCAUAUUUGGCAAUGCAGCUGCAAUAUUCCAAAACUGCAAUAUGUUUGCUAGGAAACCAAUGCCAGAUCAGAAGAAUAUUUUCACAGCACAAGGCCGAAGUGAUCCCAACCAAAACACUGGCAUUUCUAUCCAGAACUGCACCAUUCAAGCUGCACCUGAUUUGGCUCAGGAGAUGAAUGGCACGUUAAGUUUUCUUGGCCGGCCUUGGCACAAUUACUCUAGGACUGUUAUCAUGCAGUCGUAUAUAGGAGAUGUGAUCGCGCCCGUUGGAUGGUUAGAGUGGAAUGGGACGAAUGGACUCGAUACCCUUUACUAUGGGGAGUUUGAGAAUUAUGGACCAGGGGCUAAUACAACAACAAGAGUACAAUGGCCUGGUUAUAACUUAAUGAAUGCUUCACAAGCAAUGAACUUUACUGUCUAUAAUUUUACUAUGGGAGAUACUUGGUUGCCCUCUACAAAUGUUCCUUUCUCUCAAGGCCUGUAGUUGGAAUUCCUGUAUAAAUCAGAUAGCUUUAUGUACCUUUUGUUCCAAUUCUUUUCUUCAA